CAUAAUUGAAUCCCCUCGCUCAAGAAACCACGUUCGGCUUUAUUUUUUCUGCUCCAAUGAUCCCACCCAGUUUUAUUAAGCAAAGACAGAACCAUUUCGACGCAGAGGUGACUCGGAUAGAAAUUUACAAUAGGAUUCAUCAGCUUUAUCCGACCAAGUGACACAGAGCAGAUCUACAGGUGGUAUUUUUCUAACUCACAAAUUGCAAGAUGUCAGCCCGAAGUGGAAAAAAGAAAAUGAUCAAGAUAUCACGCUCAUCCAGAGCAGGAAUCAUUUUUCCUGUUGGCAGACUGUUGCGUUACUUGCGGAAAUCAACAUUCAAAUAUCGUAUUGGAAUGGGAGCACCCAUUUACCUGGCUGCAGUCAUGGAGUACCUUGCAGCUGAAAUUCUGGAAUUGGCUGGAAAUGCAGCCAGGGAUAACAAAAAGAGUAGAAUAACUCCAAGGCACAUUCUGCUGGCAGUGGCAAAUGAUGAAGAACUAAACCAGUUAUUAAGGGGAGUAACAAUUGCGUGUGGUGGUGUGCUGCCUCGAAUUCAUCCUGAACUCCUGGCAAAGAAACGUGGUGCCAGAAGUAAAGUGGAAACCAUUCUAUCUACACCACCUGAAAAGGAGGCAAAGAAGGCAAAGAAAGCAAAGCCAUCACCAGUCAAAAAAGCUGUCAAGAAAGCAACUGUCAAAAAGGCUAGAAAAUCCAAAUCGGCCAGAAGGGGUAAACGAAUAGAAAGCAAGAAGGAAGGAACAUCUAGUUCCACUUCAGAUGAUGUACCUGGUGAAGGUUUCACAAUUCAUUCAACAAAGAGCCUUUUUCUGGGACAAAAGCUGUCAUUAACACAGAGUGAAGUCAGUAAGAUUGGUUCAGUUAAGGUUGAGUGCAUCAUUAACCCGACGAAUGCUGAAAUAGACCUUAAAGAGGAUGUUGGCAACGCAUUGGAAAAAGCAGGUGGAAAGAAGUUUUUAGAUGCUGUGAAAGAGCUCUUUAAAUCCAAUGGACCUUUGGAUGUAGCUGGGGCUGUUUUGGGUCAGGCUCCUGGACUGCCGGCCAAAUUCAUAAUUCACUGUAAUAUCCCACAAUGGGGAGUGGAUAAAUGUGAAGAGCAACUGGAAAAAGCUGUGAUGAACUGCUUGACUUUGGCAGAUGAGAAGAAACUAAAAUCGAUUGCUUUCCCGUCCAUUGCCAGCAGCAGAAACUGUUUCCCAAAGCACAUUGCAGCGCAGCUCAUCCUCAAGGCCAUCGCCAAUUAUUUUGAUAAUGCAAUAUCAUCAUCAUUGAAGAACAUCUUUUUUAUCUUAUUCGACAGUGAAAGUAUUGGCAUCUAUGUGCAGGAAAUGGCAAAGCUUGACAUCUAGUAAUCCUUUUUUAAUAACAAUUUGAAACAGCAUUUUGUUCAGCAAUGCAGAAAAGUGUGAAUGUGUGUUCAAAAAGUAAAUGAGAAAGUGCAAAAUAUUUGUUCUGUUAUCACAAACAUGACCAGAUGGUUGAAGUGUAAACUUUUGAUUACAUUUUUAUAGCACUCCUCCCAAAUAAGGAAAAUGUUUUGAAAUCUACUUGUGGAAAAUCAGAAAACAACUUUGAUACUGUGCAUCUUUUGCAGGUUUUUUUUGUGAUUUUACUAAAACAUUGAAAGUUUAGAUUUUUAAGAAAAUUGUGACAUUUAACAGUCUAGUGGAAAAUAUAUCAUGCUAGACAAAUGACUUCAUGUAAUUGUGGUUAAGUAUUCCUUUUGUUACGCUAGUGUAUUGGUUUCACAUUCUAGUGUGUAAAAGAACAACAGAAAAUUGAAAGCAAUAUAGCUGCAUAUAUUUCCUCCAAUACCAUUUGCUGUGUGAAUUCAUAUGUGGCAAGUUUAAAAAAAACUAUUAAAAAAAUAUCGAUGUUCUGAGGCAAGUAAUUCUAAAGAAACACAUGGGCUCUUUAAAGUAUGUUAAAUAUUGUGGAAGGAGGGUCAUUGUUCAAUAAGGCCAUGAGAAUAAUGUGGCUGCAAUUUGAACCUAUAGCCUGUGCACGAGUUUCCAGUUUUACCCAAGUGGGUUUAAAUGAAUGAUUUAGCUUUUCUAUCUACCUUGGAUGCUACUCUCUUGUAAGCAGUUGGAUUCCCAACAUCCCCUCUACACGUGCUAAUCUUUUUUUUAAAUCUCAAGUGUAGAUAAAUGGUAAAAAGUAACAAGGGCGAGUUACUGGGCAUAUUUAGAACAAGUUGUAAGAUCACAAGGGAACCUAAAUGGAAGUUGGCAUGAACAGUGGGCUGAACAGCUGCCUGGUGUCAGUAGAACCCUGGCUCUGUGUGACCAACUUUUAAUUUCUCUUAUAAUUAAAGGGCAGAAUAAAGCACAUGUUCUUUCUCUUUGUUCAUUGAAGUUGUACACAUGGACGAUGACAAGUUUUAAAUAAAUAAAUGUAGAUUAAUCACCUUGUCAUGCACAUUUGUAAAGAGAUAUCAAAUACUGCAUAUUUUGGAGGUACUCAAUAAGUAGAUAAGAACAGAUCAUAAGUCUGAAAUGAAGCAUCUUUUCCUAAUGGAGAUGUUCAAGUUGGGAAAAUUAUGCCAUGUUGCUGAAGGAAUUAAGUGUAACCAUAACAUUUAUUUGGGCUAGAUGUUUAGACAAAAUGUCAUGUGUGCCUACCGUAAUGGAACAUUUAGAACUAUUCUGAAAUGCCAGUGCAUUAUUCAAGUAAUUUAUUAACUUGAAUUCCUUGGAUCCUAAUUAUUGUAAUUCAUUCAACUGAGGUCUGUUGGCCAUGACACGACAUGUUUACACCAAGUUGACAAAAUUCACCUUAAAUGUUCCCAAAGAUUUAACACUGCAUAGGCACCACUAGUCUGUUUCAAUUGUCUUUUAGCUGGAACGUGCCAUUGUGACCUUCCAGGCCCAGAUAAUUUGUUUCAGAAUAAGAUUUUGCAUAAAUGUGAUGUAUAAUAUAAUUUGUUUUUUCAAUAUAAAUUCAAUAAAGAAAGCUACUUGCUGUAA